ACGGCGACUUCUCUCCAUCAGCCUCUGCGUGGCAUUGUUUGUGGCGUCUGAAGAGGAAACACUUUUCGCAUGCCUCAGAUUACAAUCUGCGGGGGAUCAUUGUCUGGAUCAGACGAGACGAGCGUCAUCUAGUUCACAUACUUUAAUUUUUCCAAGUGUUAACCCGAACAAAAGAUCUCUUAACAUGUGAUAUUCACUUACAACCUGAAGAUCGCUUAAUGGAAAAUGCAUGUCGAAAGAAUGAAAGCACAACAGGAGAAUACCAUUAAAGUUGAUUAUUAAAUAUAUGAAAAACAUUUCCCCCUCAGUAAUUAGUCGAGCGCAUCAUUUACAGGACUCACCUCGAGUCCAUUUAAAAGCCAAUGUGCCGCAUGCGAGCACAUUCAGUCGACCAUGGUAAGUCACAUCAAGGAGAGAAAUAACACGAGCUCGGAGCACGGCGAGGAGCACGAUUGGUGGAUGGAGUUGUGCAGGGAAUCGGCCAUACAUGGCAUGCCGUAUUUGGCGCGCAAGGAUCUGCACUGGAUCGAGCGCGUCUUCUGGCUGGCAAUGAUCGUGGCAGCCGCUUAUUAUGCCAUCGGCAGCUGCCUCUCGCAGUGGCAACGCUUUCGCGAUAAUCCCAUUGUCUACGAGUACGAAUAUCUCUUUGCGCUGCGCUCCUUUCCCUUCAUGGGAGUUACUCUCUGCACCCAGUUUGUCACCAUGGAGGACAGGGUAUCAGGAGCCAUAGUUCACAACACCUGGGAUAUGGAAACUAAUUCAACGGAAGACGAAGUCGAUUACUAUCGCGAAUUUCUGCUCGUGGUGAAUCGCUUGCACUACAAUAACCUGGAGACGCUGGCGCCCUACGAGAACGACACAACGCUGGAGAAUAUCAAUUUUGUUGAACUGUUGUUCAACAUUCUGCAGAAGGUUUUACCCGCUGCCAACCAGAGUCUACCCUCAUUUGCGCCCACUCUAACCGAAAUGGGCCUGUGCCAGACAACGUCCCAGCUGGUCAAAUUUGGCAAUCCCUACGGCAAAAACGUCAAGCUCAAAGUGCCGCCCGUGCGUCAAUGCAAUUCCUUUGCCAAUUGCCAGACCACAAUCAAGCCAGCUGUCGCUGGCACACAUGUCAACCUGUUUAUGCACGAUGUGAACGAGGUGAUGCUGCCGCAGGAUCGACGCACGGUGGGCAUAGAUACGGGCACCGAGACCUCCUAUUUGCUGAAAGUUCUCCUCAGCUCGAUAUCGGCAGAGGACGAGGUGCGCAAUGUGCCCGUCGCCUAUCGCAAGUGUCGCUACAUCGAGGAGAACUAUCUCAAGUACUACAGUCCCUAUCAUCCCAGUCUGUGUCGUCUGGAGUGCCGCAUCAAUGUGGCGCUGGAUCUGUGCAAAUGCAAGCCCUACUUCUAUGCCGCCGGGCCCAAGGAACACAUCUGCUCUGUGAAGGGAAUGAUCUGUCUGGCGCGCAACAAAUGGCUGGACAGGAACUGCGACUGCCUGCCGCUCUGCAAGGAGAACAGCUUCAUUGUGGCCGAGGAGCUCGGUCAGAGUGGAGGCGGCACUCAAUAUGCUGGCGCCAACUUCGAGCGCACCAUUAUUAUACAGCAGGAAUUGCCCAAGAUGGGCAUGAAGCGACGCGUUGUCUUUAGCACGGAUCAGCUGAUCAUGUCCUUUGGCGGCGCGAUUGGCCUCUUUCUGGGCGCCAGCUUUAUGACCAUCUAUGGCCUGACCUAUGUGAUUCUCUACUAUCUGGUUGUUAAGUGCAAACGCCGACCGCAGCUACAGCGAGAUAAAAGCGCGCCCAUCAAAAUUGCCUAGGCAAA